AUGGCCAAGUGGAUAGCCACGCCCCAGACACUGUUACGGACUCUUCUUAUCUUAGGAUGUACAGGGACACAAGUAAGUGGGAAUGAACACGCUAAAAAUCUCACAAGGGAUCUACUGAGCAAGUAUGGAUCAAAGGAUGUCAUACCAGUGUUGAACUCGUCGCAACCGCUUAACGUCACUUUGCGUUUACUGAUUAAGCAAAUCGUAGAAUUUGAUGAAACUCGGCAGCAGUUGACAUUGGACAUCUGGCGAAAGUUGGCAUGGAAAGACGAGUAUCUGGUCUGGAAUCCUGACGACUACAAUGGACUGCAGGAGAUAUUUAUAAUACCGUCAGAUGUUUGGACUCCACGUCUAGUUCUACAUGAAAAUGUAAGGUUUGGAUUUUCAAGCGAGCUCACCAUAGAAGUAAUUGUCCAACCCAGUGGUCAUGUCAACUGGUAUACACCAUCGAUGCUCAGAGUGACGUGUAAAGUCAAUGUUUUAAAGUUCCCCUUCGACACUCAACAGUGCAACCUGACUUUUAUGUUCUGGAAUUACGACAUGUCCCGCCUCGAUCUGUUGUACUUCGACGAUUUCGACGCGAACCAAGAUGUCUUCAGCAGCAGUGGAGUGUGGCAGCUGCUUCGAGUCGACGCCCAUCGUUAUGAGGAGAAAUACAACUGCUGCGCAUACCCCUUCGCUCAGGUUGUCUAUACGCUGACAUUAGAACGGGCUUCUAACUUCUACAUCUUGAGUAUUCUGGUACCUUCUGUUUUACUCACGAUGAUCACUGUCAUGGUCUUCUGUAUGCCACCCGAGUCUGGAGAGAAGAUCUCACUGGGAAUGUCCAACCUACUGGCUUUCAUCCUCUUUCAACAACUCAUCUCGGGCAACAUGGCACCACAGGGAGAUGAAACACCCAUACUCAAUGUCUAUAUUUUCUGCAUGGUGGUGUUGGGUUGCGUUUCUAUCUUUGCCUCGGUCUACGUGCUCAGAUUGUUCCACAGAUCAACCGACAAACCCGUACCGCCAUUGGUCAUCAAGGUCAUGACGUACAUCAGUCGUCAGAAAAGUGACGUCACGUGGAAGACAAUCGCAAGGACGACUGACAGCGCCUUGUUUUAUUUAUUCUUGGUGGCAUCUGUUAUUUUUAUUUGGGUAACAUUCGCCAUGCUUCGGGCAUGAGCUUAUUGCUAUGUGUAUGUGGCAGUCUAACUUUGAGGUCAAAAUGAGGGAUACGAUGACACUUUGGCUGCAGUUAUAACGUUUAUUCUGCAAAAGAAGACGAAGAGAAUAUUCAAUGUUCGUUCGUCUCCGACGCAGAGAAUAAUGACAAUUGAUAAUAAUAAUAAAAUAAAUUAAAGCACAAUGAUAUUUACAAAUUAAAUAACUACACUAUUACGGAAAGAACCAAUCUAUUAAAGGAAAAUACCAUGAACAAUUGAAUCACUUAUCCCUUGUGUUCACGUAUAAAUUGUACUAGAAAGGAACAUCAACACUUAUAAACAAUGUGCUCCAAAGGAAAUAAUAACCCAUUAACUCUGAAACAAAGACCGUAUUUCCCGCCAAAACUCCCGCCAUCUUGCGACCGAACCCUUCUAACGAAUUAAUUGUAUAGAAAAGAAUAAACCUUAGGAAUAACUAUUCGAGGGUUUCCUUAAACCUCAAUUAAUUUAUAUAUUUAAACUAUGAAAUGGUAACUCAAAGGCAACAAGUAUUUACAAAGCAUAAACCUUCGUUUCACUUCUACAAAAAUCAAAUAGCACAACGAUGUAUACGGUACUAGUAAAACAUCGGAAAUAAUACAUUUUUACCAAACUCGGUCAAGUAAAGUUUAGGUACGAAAAGAGACAAACUAGUUGAGUACUAUUUAAUAUAAUUCUAAAAUGUGAUAGCAAAGUAA